GUCCACCACUGGUAAAGAGUGAGACCUAGUGAGGCAGGUGAGGAGUACCUGUGACUGAGCUGGAAGCAGGGCGGGCGUGCAGGGCGAUAUCAGGCUGAGACGGGCUAUGGAGAACCGGCAUCUGGCCAGGUGCAGCAGGGAGCACAGGAAGGGGGGGGGGUCAUUAUCCCCAUGAGGGCGGAGCAAAAGGGUGAGCUGUAGAGAACGGAUGAAACAUUUGAAGCUCAUAUUGACAUGCUGCUCUGAAGGCUCCUGCGAGUCCAGCCAUGGAUGGUGUGUUGGAAGAAGCGGUGGUGUUGUGCGUAUGCAAACUGGCCUGCAGUCUCCUCUUCCUACCCUCAUUGGCUGCCUCCUACAGCCCCGUCAGCUUCUGCUGCUGCUGCCUACUGGUCUUUACCGACUUCCUGGUCACAGUUUUUCUGAGUGUCUUCUGCGUCUUCGAGUCCUGGCUGACUGAGCUGACCCCACUAGGUGACGUCAUUGCCCUGCGCUUCCUUCUCUUUCUUAGCCACACAUACGGUGCAGUGUUGCUCCUGACCACACCUCUGAUCGCUCUGGAGACUCUGACCAGACUGCUGUGGCCUCACUCCGUUGUCGCUCAGAGGACAGCGAGUCAAACAGAUGGACAAUGUUGUUAUGUUGUGGAGGUAACUGUGGAAGAGGAGGGCAGCAAAGACAACAAAGACAAAAAAAAGGGCUUGUCUUAUGUUGUCAGCUACCUCUGCUGCCUGUCAGUGUGGGUCGCCGUCGCCCUCAAUGUCAGGUGGCAAUGGAAACGGGAGGAAGUGUGGGCUACUACAUGUUUGCACACAACCAACUCCCUCAUCAGGUGUUUGCCCAACCUAUUCAGCCCCAUGCCCAGCAUUGUGAAUCCCUGCUGGGGCAUGGCCUUCCUCUCCCUCCUCCUGCUCCUCCUGACCAAUAGCACGGGCAUGCACAGACGACACCGGGACCCUGCACAUAUGGUAAGGACACACACAGAGAAACAUGGAGUUAACAAUAACGGCGAUAGUUGCUGUCAAAACCUCAUUCCAGCGCUGUCUGCGCCCUCCAAGCCUGUGAACCCUGGGAUGUCGGAGUCAGAGCCAGCACAGUGUGUUGACCCAGAGAAAACAGAGAGCAGCUGCAAUGUUCACAGAGCGUAUUCCUGGAACAGCGUGCAGAUGUCGGAGCAUCACCAUGGAGACUUUGUCCUCAUCUCCCCCGAGUGUUUGUCUGCACAGAGAGGACAGGAGCAUGAAAAGACAAAGAGAGGUAUACCUCUUGCAUUUAUCACGGAGAAACAUGUGGACUCACAAUACAGGAGCUUAAGUGGGUGGCGACAGUGGGGGUUUCCCUGCCCGGGGGUGAAUGUAAUGCUAGGGUUUGUGGGUGUUCUCUCCAUCUUUGUGCUGCCUCUAAACCUCAGUGUGAACAUUCUUCUGAUCAGGACUAUAGAGACUCUGCUGGAGCUGUGUAUAAAAUCUGCUAUUUCAUCUGCAGCAAACACAAGCAACGCAUCCACCUCUCACAAGGAAACACUUGUAUAAAACCAGACAGGUGAGAAGCUAAAGUGGAUGCUGAUUGGAGACUAUUCGCAACACGAUCACCAGAUUAAUAUUGCAUGUGUGCAGACAGCAGGUCUACCUGUCAACACUGGCUUGAAUAGAGUGUAAAUAAGCAUUUCUGAGCAGCUAUUCACAUGUGAGGAAUAAUGUGGAAACUGCUGAAAGGUGCUGAGGAGGCAGGUUGAGGCGUGCUUGGUAGAAAGACACUAAAGCAGAGUGAAUCAGACGUCUGGAAGGCCUGUUUUUAUUGUUCAGAGCCUUAAAAUCUGCAGCAAUUGGUCAUUACACAAUGGGUUAUAGAAUGAGCCUCUCCAGGGUAAAUAAGAAUAAUCUGGUGUUUUGAAAGUAGUAAUAUGAAGUGUGCUGAUGUUGCAUCACAUAAAGCUUCCAUAAAGCAAUGUAUAAUAAAUACUGAGUGACUUUAGGGGUGUAACACAGAUUUUUUUCGUUUGUCUUUGUAGUUUUGUCUCUGUUCUUAAAUCACCUGGUUUCCAAGUAUUGAACUACUCCACAGAGGUGAAAAGUCACUAAGUAAUCAAGUAAUGUACUUAACUACAAUUUUGAUGUAGUUGUACUUUACUUGAGUAUUUCCAUUUAUACUUCUACUCCAUUACAUUUCCAAUGGAAAUGUUCUGCUUUUUACUCCACUAUAUUUAUUUGACAUAUAUGUUUAGCUUAAGAUUUUACAAUAAAAAACAAAACAAAUGAUGCCCUUAUAAAAUACAAAGCAUUGUUACAUAUUAAACUGCUGGUUUCCAACCUUUUUUGGCGUGUGGCAAAAAGCACAUUGUUCACCACAUGUGAAAAAUGUAUUUGCCUGGCUUAAAGUCUUUAGGUAACAAAAUGUAACAAUGAAAAGCCUACCAGCACCUCUAGGACUCACUGAUAAAACAUAAGCCUAGUUCCCCUUAACUACAGUUUGAUUUUUUUUUUUUUGGUAACGUGUUAAUUAGUGAGCUUUAGCUGUUACAGUAGGUAGAUGUUGUUAACUUUGGACAGAGCCCAGUCUUUAUGCUAAAUUAAGCUAAGCUAACCGGGUGCUGGCAGUAGCCUUACAGUUAACGGACAGACAUGAGUGGCCUACUGCUCCUGUAAAAUGGUACAUAGAGAUGUAUGGUGUAACUGGAGUAACUGAAAGAUGGCUGCCUUGUACUCACACAUAAGACCCAUCAAGGCCGAGCUGUCAAGUGUUGUAGUCCAGUGGUUUCCAUUUUUUGUUUUUACGUCGAGGACCCCUAAACUGACACGGACCACAGACCCCCAUUUGAUAAGAGUUUAUCCCAGGGUUUCCCAUAUGAUAAGAUUUUUGCUUUUAGAUGUUUUAUUACAGAAAGCCUAUGAAACCCAUGAUCAAAAUAAUCAUACACUCUGUCAUUGUGUUACUUAUGGAUGGAAUUAUAGUGAAAAUAAAUGAUUCCCCUUUUUGCUGGGGACCCCCUGGAACCCCAUUAAGGACCCCAUUUAAAAAAACAACCUCUGUUGUAGGCUAAAGGUGAGCAGGAACGCAGAUGUCAACACCAGAGGGCACUCCGAUACAACAAUAACUCAGAGCGAAAAUGUUUGAUGAGCUUUGGGAAGUAACAGGAGAGGGAUGAAGGGGAUUCAGGAAACAAAAGAAGGCGUUUUUUUUUGGUUGUCUUGCCUUUAACAGAGCCUCAGGGCUGAGUCAACGGCUCGCACACCUCCUCUUUCAAAGUGCAGAGACCUGUGCAGAAAAAUACUAAAACCACGGCACACGCUGACUUGGGCAAGAUUAAACAAGAAGGCCACGUUCCUUAUGUGUUACAUGUUCGUGCUAUUUUAGGACAGAUGGAGAUAAAGCCCAGAUGUAUCCAAAGGCAAAUUAUUGCUUCAGACAAAAGGUUAAUAAGUGCAAUGUUUUUUUUUUGUCGGUGAGGAUAUAUAUUUUAAUGUUUUAAUUAUAUAAAUGUCAUGAGAAAUAUUAAGAAGCUGUAUCGUAGUAUGAGAGUUGAGGUAAUUUCUUUCCUAAUGGUGUUUAAUUGUAUUGCUUUAACAGAACACCCACAAGUGAUCUAACUGCUCCCAGCCAGAUGAUUUUGGAGACUCAUAAGUUGUACUGCACAUAUUUUUAGAGGUAGUAUUACUUUUUAGAAUGUAUCUAUGGCUCAAAACAAAACAAAAAGCCAAUAGGUUACAACAGAAUGCUAAAGUAACUCAAAUGUGUAGGCAUUCCUGUAUAUUCCAAUGUUUGAACAUGUUUUUGAAUGCCUAUAAAAUAAAAAAUAAAAAAGUCCAAGAGAA